ACGAAGCUGCGAUUGACGCCGAAGGAUGUAGUCGAUGGAUGGCUCGUGCUUGAGGCUAACGAACGCACCACUGAGAGCGUCGUCGCUCAUCGGGCAACUAGUUACCAAAUCGUGCGCACCGUAGUAGUUUGAUCCUCAUCGUACAAUAUUAUUACGAUGACGAGUGUUUUGUGCCGGUACUUUAACGUGGUGCUUAUCGUGAUAAUUUUCAAAUUUGCCGUUUCAAUUCGAGAAUGUCGAGCUGUUUCGUCCGAAUCGACGCCUUUGUAUUUGCGUAGCGCGUAUCCCUUAUGGGAGCCGCAAGGAGACUCGCCCAAUUCCGGUGAAAGGCUUUUAUUGACGCCCUAUUUGAAUAGGGGUAAGAUCGAGGAAGCUCGCAAGGUGGCCAAAGUCGGACCUGGUCUGUUUAGCGAACAGAUACCCAGCUACUCGGGAUAUUUCACCAUCGACAAGAGUUAUAAUUCGAAUUUAUUUUUUUGGUUCUUCCCGUCUCAGAAUGGUACGGUCGACUCCCCAUUAAUUCUCUGGCUACAAGGGGGUCCAGGAGCAUCUUCGUUGUACGGAUUAUUCGAAGAAGUCGGCCCAUUCAAAUGCCACAUCGACUCAGAAGGCGGUAAUUACACCCUGAAACGUAAUCCUUACUCGUGGAAUAUCAAUCAUUCUAUGCUGUUUAUCGAUAAUCCAGUUGGAACCGGGUACAGCUACACGGAUCAUAACGACGGAUACGCGACGAAUCAAACAACGGUAGCUAAACAUUUGUUCAACGCUUUGAAACAGUUUUUCAAAAUGUUCCCCGAGUAUAGAGAUACGGAUUUUUACAUAGCCGGAGAGUCAUUCGCAGGUAAAUAUGUUCCUUCGUUGGCGCACUAUAUACACGAAGAAAAUGCUGGCACUGGUCCGUUUUACAUCAAUUUGAAAGGUAUCGUCAUUGGAAAUGGGUUCACCGAUCCUGAGACCAUGAUGGCAUAUAGCGAAUACACCUAUCAAUUGGGACUGAUUGAUUUGAAAGCCAAAAAUGAGAUGCUCAAGUUGGAGAAUCAAGGCAAAAAAGCUAUACAAGAUAAACACUACAUUGAUGCAUUUUACAGUUGGAGCGGUAUCUUGAGCAUAUUCAUAUCGGAAUCGCAAUUCCAGAGUUUAUACAACGUUUUGAACGAUCGAUGGACAUGGAAUCCAUCGAAACAAUACGUCUCGUAUGUGCAAACACCUGAAAUCCGGCGAGCUUUACACGUUGGCGACGUCGAGUUCACCAGCUUAGGAGUGGUGUACUACAAAAUGAUCCCAGAUUUCAUGUCUGGCGUUCGAUCGUCGUUGGAUAUGGUAUUAAAACACUACAAAGUACUCUUCUACAGCGGGCAAUUCGACGUGAUUUGCGCUUACCCUUUAACGGUGAACUUCCUUAAUAGCGUACACUUCGAGGGUAGCGUCGAGUAUAAGAAAGCUCGCAGGAGACCUUGGUUCGUAAACGGUAAAUUAGCCGGGUACGUUAAAUCUAGCGGUAACUUUAGCGAAAUUUUGGUUCGAAAUGCCGGACACAUGGUUCCUUACGAUCAGCCCGAAUGGGCUUUGGAUAUGAUAUCGAGAUUCACCAGUAAUCGAGGAUUUGAUUAGUAGAGUCGUAUAAGUCAACAAUCAACACUUAGGUAUACAAUUUUCUUCAUUUUGCGUUUUUUCUUUAUUAUUGUUUUUUGUAAUAAGAGAACGAGUCUACGAGCUGUAAAACUUUCUGUUAUAAUAAAUUAUUUUCUGUUA